AUGGGAACAGGGGACAGACUGCUCGACAUCCCCUGCAACGUAUGCGGUGAUAGAAGUUCUGGAAAGCAUUAUGGCAUUUACAGCUGCGACGGAUGUUCAGGCUUCUUUAAGAGGUCGAUCCAUCGGAAUCGUGUAUACACGUGCAAGGCUGGUGGAGAGAUGAAAGGCCGCUGUCCAGUGGACAAGACACACAGGAAUCAGUGUCGUGCCUGCAGACUCGCCAAGUGCUUUCAAGCCAAUAUGAAUAAAGAUGCGGUUCAACACGAACGAGGUCCCCGCAAACCGAAGCCACAUCCGGGCGUGCUGGGCUCACUCCCGCCGCCUCUCGCGCACACGCACAAGCCACACCCUUUGAAACUGUCUCCACAGUCGCCUUAUACAUCCCUUUCGCAACCUUUUAAUUUUCAGUUUAAUAUAAGCGGGAUAAACGAUUCAGCGCCAUUGAGCACAGCAUCUUCCGCGGGUUCAAGUGGAGCCGGUGGAGCCGGCGCCGUUAGCCCACUGCCUUUCAUCCCCGAGCCGUUCCUCGCUCCGCCACCACCUGGAUUACUUCAUAUACUCAUGUCUAGCGAUAAGUGCCAGGAACUAAUGUGGAGCGCAAAGCAGUUGCAACUUCAGGGUGAUCCGUCUUUGCUGCGUCCGCCAGCAAAUGCAUUUGGGACGCCAUUAGCGCCAACUUGGGAACUACUGCAAGAAACAAGCGCACGCCUUCUUUUCAUGGCAGUGCGCUGGGUUCGGUGCUUGGCACCGUUUCAAGCGCUCGCAGCCAGUGAUCAGCUCGUAUUACUACGCGCAGCGUGGAAGGAUCUGUUCGUGCUUCAUCUCGCACAAUGGUCUGCACCCUGGGAUCUUGCACCUUUGCUGGCCGCACCUGCAGCGAGAGCGAGACUUCCGCCAGAGCCUCUUGCGGACCUUGAAUUGAAUACGUUACAGGAAAUCUUAUGUCGAUUUCGUCAAAUCGCGCCCGAUGGCAGUGAAUGUGGCUGCAUGAAAGCAAUUGUGCUAUUUUCACCAGACACACCAGGCCUAAGCGAAACGCAGCCGGUCGAGAUGUUGCAAGAUCAAGCACAAUGCAUUUUAGCUGACUACGUCCGUACUAGAUACACGAGGCAGCCCACGAGGUUCGGUCGUCUUCUUCUAUUACUGCCAUCUCUUCGUGCAGUGCGAGCACGGUCUAUCGAGUCGCUCCUGUUUCGGGAGACUGUAGGCGACGUAUCAGUAGCGACGCUGUUACACGACAUGUACAGAAUGCAACCCGCCCCCACACCAGCAUUCCAACCUCCCCAACUUCCGACCAAUGACCAUUGUUCAUCUCCAUACGCUGAAUCAAAAGACUUUUAG